AUGAUGGAUCUAAAUGAAGACGAGGCGAACGCAAUUGAUAAGUUCGUCAACGAGAAGUCAUUAAUUUCACCAGUUAUUACAGCGCAAAACUUAAAUAGUAUUAAUUCAUGCCCUGAUCAGCAAAUGUAUCGUGCAAGAAUUCAAUUUCUUUUUCAAGUCGAUUCUUAUGUUCAAAAUGAAAUGAGCGAGAUAAAUGAAGAAGCUAGAGAAGUAAUGAUUGAUAUGAUUCACGAUGCAAUUCUUUUUACAGCAGAUAAUACUUUUCCAUAUGCAAAAUCAAUUGUUUUCUUAACAAUUUAUAUUACAUUCCUUCAGCAAGCAAUUAUUCAAUCACAUUACGAACCAGAAAAAUUAUAUAGACAGUACGAAAGAAUUUUAUUGAAACAUUCGGUUGAAAGACCUCCUCAUUCAUCGGGAAUCUUCGAUUUACCAGAUGUUAAACUUAUUCACGACUUCUUUAUUAAUUCAUACUUCAGAAAUGUUAAAUUAAUUCAAAAUUGUUUAUCUAAAAGACAUAUAAUGUCAUUCCAAUCAAUAACCCCAGUAUCCAUUCCAUCGCAAACGCUCCCUGCAUUAGCAGAAAUGGAGAUGGAGGUAGAUCAUUCAAAUCUUCCGGAAGAAAAAUUGGAGAUUCCAGUCGAAGAAGUCAAACCACCCAAUUCAUCCAGAAAAGAAUCAGGAAGGACAGGGUCAUUACAUGCUCGCAAUGUUGCACCUACUCCAGGACAAUCUCCACUUUCAUCUCAAAGAGAUUCUGAACAGAAAUCAAAUCAAGCAGAACCUGCUGCAGGAACAGCUCCUUCACAGCUUGAGGCUGAAGACAGAGGACCUGAAGUUCCUAUUGACAUUCUCCGUGAAACAUUAUUCAAGAUGCAUGAAAAAUUCGUCCAAGAAUUCGAUGAAAAGGAGCAUUUGCUUAUUGGUAAGAUCAAAGAGAUCGAAAUUAAAGCAAAUGAUAGACAAAUUACGACACCAAAGAAAGCUGUGAGAAGCGGAAGGAAAUAA